CUGCGGAAGACCACGCACAUUUCCAGAUCCUAGAGACCUGGUAGUCACCUAACUGCUUCCUGCUGCUCGCAGGUGGAGAUUCCUUCAUUCCUCACCAGCCUGGCUUUGAACUGCAGACACAUCCAUCACCUUCCGGCAUGGCUAGUGUGGAUCAGCUUGAAGGCACCAUCCAGGUGCAGGGCCAGAGCCUCUUCUUCAGAGAGGUCCGGCCUGGCAAUGGGCAGGCUGUUCGCUUCUCUGUGCUGCUGUUGCAUGGUAUCCGCUUCUCCUCUGAGACUUGGCAGAACCUGGGUACUCUGCAUAAGCUGGCCGAGGCUGGCUACAGGGCUGUGGCCAUUGAUCUGCCAGGUCUUGGGCGAUCUAAGGAAGCAGCAGCUCCUGCCUCUACUGGGGAACUGGCCCCUGGCAGCUUCCUAGCUGCUGUGGUGGAUGCCUUGGAGCUGGGACCCCCAGUUGUGAUCAGUCCAUCAUUAAGUGGCAUGUAUGCACUGCCCUUCCUCGUGGCCCCUGGGUCCCAACUCCGGGGCUAUGUACCAGUGGCUCCCAUCUGCACAGACAAAAUCAAUGCUGCUGACUACGCCAGUGUGAAGACUCCAGCUCUCAUUGUAUAUGGAGACCAGGACCUCAUGGGCUCCUCCAGCUUCCAACACCUGAAGCAGCUGCCCAACCACAGAGUGCUGGUCAUGGAAGGGGCAGGGCAUCCCUGUUACUUGGACCAGCCUGAUGCGUGGCAUAAGGGGCUGCUGGAUUUCCUGCAAGGGCUGGCAUGAGACUCAGGCCUGCUGACAGGGGGCAAACUGCCUGCUCUAGCACCUCUUGCUGUCUUCUCCUGGUCUCUUGGCUUCUGCCUCACCUGCAACAGGUCUGUCUAUACAUCUGUCUGGGUUCCUGUCAUUUCUGUUUUUCUCUUGCAGCGACAGAUCAGAUCAAGGAGGUAAAAUCAAGUGGGGAAAGCCUUGAAUUCCAGGGGAGAACUCUGAGUGUGGGUAAUCCAUGAGCUGCUCCUUGGCUUCUUGCUUGGCUCUCACUUCUGCCUUUACUUUCUGAUCCAUCUCCUUCUUCAGCUGUUCUGCAAAACAGCCAUUCCUUCUGCUCCCCUGGUCUUGGACCACAGACAACAUAAGGGUAUGCUUGUUUAGAUCCAUCCCACACCCAAACAGAAACUUUCCCUUGGGAGCCGCACAGGGGUCCACAUGACUGGACCAACACCACUUUCUUGUGCAGCUUUGAAUCACAUGCUUGCACAGGUAUGUGUGCAGAUCCCUGAAGGAGGGAGUCUUUGUAAGAGAUCCACUUGUCAGGAUAAAAAUGUGGCCACCCCUAGAUUUCUCUUACCUAUCCGUUGCAACUGGUCCCAGACCAGAAUUGCUUCCUCAGAAGGGGAGGUGCACCCCUUCUUCUUGGGGGAUUGGGGGGCUGCACAACUCCCCAGGCCAUCAAGCACUAAUCUUCUCAGCUGAGCCUAUUUCCUGCUCUGAGGUUUGGGAGUGGGAUGGGGAGACCGACUUCGGAGGUCUCUGAAAUAAAGUGAUACAAUCAGACCUCA